ACUCAUUAUGACGGCUAUCGGCAGAGGAGGCUAGCCGAGCUGAGCUGCACAGAUGCUCGGACUGCUGGACAAAACUAAAAGCAAGGUAAAGUUUUCAGAACUGACAAAGGUUGAUAUUCAAUCAUGGACGGGUUUGCGGGGGACAUGCUGAGCGGGGGCCGGGCCCUGCUCGGCGAGGACAGCUCGGUGAUGGCUCGCAUGCAGAAGAAGUUCUGGAAGACUAAGCAGGUCCUCAUCAAAGCCACGGGCAAGAAGGAGGACGAGUACGUGGUGGCCUCAGACGCUGACCUGGACGCCAAGCUGGAGUUCUUCCACUCGGUUCAGUCGACAUGCACAGAGCUGCUGAAGGUGAUUGAGAAGUACCAGCACAGGAUCACACGUCUGUCUCAGGAGGAGAACGAGCUCGGCCUGUUCCUGCGUUUCCAGGCGGAACACGAUCGAACAAAGGCUGGCAACAUGAUGAACUCCACCAGCAAGGCCCUGUGCACCUCCGCCAAGCAGAGGAUGGCACUCUGCCCGCCACUGCACCGCCUGCACCAGGAAGUGGAGACGUUCAGGCGGCGCGCCAUCGCCGACACGCUGCUGACGGUCACUCACAUGGAGAAGGCGCGCACCGAGUACCGAGGGGCUCUGCUCUGGAUGAAGGACGUCUCCCAGGAACUCGACCCAGACACAUAUAAGCAGCUGGAGAAGUUCCGCAAGGUCCAAUCCCAGGUCAGAGGGACGAAGGGCCAGUUUGAGAAGCUGAAGAACGAUGUGUGUCAGAAGGUGGACAUGCUGGGAGCGAGCCGCUGCAACAUGCUUUCACACUCCCUCUGUACCUACCAGACCACUCUGCUGCAGUUCUGGGAGAAGACGGCCCACGCUAUGUCAGGAAUCCACGAGGCCUUCCAAGGACAUGAACCAUACCACUUCACCACACUCAAGGACCUGAGAGACCCACUGGAGGAACUAGCAGAGGCACAGCAACAUGUUGAGAAGAAGAAGAAGAAGGAGAAGGCUCUACAGAGCAACACAGAGAGUCUGGUGUCCUUGGAUGACGACAAGCCAUCCGGAAGUGCUUCUGGCUCAGUCUCAGCGCACCAACACACUGCCGCACCUCCGGCUGCCCUGCACGCUCUCAGAGGACUGUCCACGGACUCUGAGGAUGACCUGAUGCUCAUGGCCGGUGUUGAGCCACAGUCCCAGCCCUCAGCCCCCCUUCACGUCCCUCUGCAGCCCCAGCUCCUGCCUCCUCAUCAGGGGGGGAGGCCCAGUGAGCCCUGGGGCUUUGAGAGCCUCCAGUCACAGCUGCCUGCCUUCGGUGUGGGUCCAUUUUCAGGUGAUCCGUUCCACUCUGCCGGGACAGAGCUGAGAGCAGAAGAGGAGGAUGGUGAAGGGGGGGACAUGGCUUUCCUAAAAGACCUCCUGAGCCCGGGCCCCGGGGCCAGCGACGAGUUCAGCAGGGAGUGGCAGGACGCCUUCGGGCUCUUCGACCCCCCCACUGUCCGUCCACAGAGCACAGCAGCAACUGGUGGGCCGGCAGAGAGUAGAGCGCCAACGGAGGGUAAUGGCCCGGCAGCACGUCCUCCCUCGGGCCCCCCCUCCCCCACAGGCUUCCUGCCCUCCCAGCUGCUGGACCAUAGCCUGAGCUCCACAGGCUGGUCAACCCCUCCUAUGUUCCAAGCUCCGCCUCUGCAGCCUCCUCCUGGUCACAGCCAAUCAGCUCAGCCGGCUCCAAGUCCAGCAGCCAAUGGUGCAUCUAAAAGAACAUAGUCCGCCUGGUUCAACCUGUUUGCCGACCUGGACCCCCUCUCCAACCCCGACGCUAUCGGACGCUCCCCAGAUGAGCUGCUCAAUGCAUAAAACUGUAUGAAGA